AUGAUUGAUUCCAAGAAAGGAUUAAGCGAGAGCUAGCAAUUUAAACCCCCUACAUACAAUUAGAAUGUGAGAUACAUAUUAGCAAAACAAAAAAUAGAUGAUUUGUUUUUGAAAUUCUUGAGUUAGCCAACAACAAAUGAUGUUAUUUAAAAUUUGCUUAGAGAUAUUAAAAGUGGAACAGUUAACGAAAAUAACUUGCCAAAUCCAAUUUUUACAUCUCCAAAAAUCACAUUAUAAAAUUCAAUGACUUCUUCAACAAUACUUCUUAAUUCACCUAUUUCUAAAUCACCUUAAAAGCAUCAACCUGUUAAUUCUCCUCGCUCUCCUUCUGAAAAAGAAAAUAGACAUAAGAAGAAUUAGCUAGAAGCCUCACCAACUAACAAUAAGGGAAAUAAAGCAAAUAAUAUGUCAGCGUCAACCCUACUAGCUAAUAGUUAAUUAAUGUAAAGCAUGGUCGUUAAUAAAGCAAAUUAUGAUGAAAUACCUUAAUUCUAUUUCGGAGAACCAACUAGAAUGCUCGACCCUUCUGCAUAAGAAGAAUAAAAUAAAAUAAUAAGUGAAGUGUUUGGUAGAAAGACAGAAAUAGAAAUGAAAGAUUUUAAUGACUUAACAACUAAACUUGCCGAUUUGCCUAACUUCUUUAAUUAGCUGCUCUUCAAUAAAAUCGAUAAAUAGAAAAGUGGUAAAAUAAGCAAGCAGGUAUUUAUAAAUUAUUGGAAGAAUGAGCUCUAAUUAAAAGACCAAAAAGAAAGGUGCUUCCAUGUUUUAAAAAAAUAAUCAAAUGAAUUUAUAGAAAGAGAUGACUUUUUACCAAUGAUGAAAGUCUUACUAGAAACUCACCCUGGUUUGGAAUUCUUAAAGGCUACUCCUGAAUUUUAAGACAGAUAUGCUGAUACAGUUGUUAUUAGAAUAUUCUUCAUUGUAAAUAGAAGAGAUAAUGGUCGCAUUUCCUAUCAAGAAUUUAAAAAGAGUAACCUUUUCCAAGUAUUUUAGCAAGUUGAUAAAGAAGAAGACAUAAACAAGAUAAGGGACUUCUUCUCAUACGAGCACUUCUAUGUUUUAUAUUGUAAAUUUUGGGAGUUAGAUACAGACCACGAUUUUUAUAUCACAAAAGAAGAGUUUAGUAAGUACUCUGGACAUGCUCUUUCAAGAAAAACUGUAGAUAGAAUAUUUGAGUAAGCUCCAAGGAAGUUUAAGUGUACUGACCCAACAAAAGCUGGAUUUAUGGGAUAUGAAGAUUUUAUUUGGUUUGUUUUAGCUGAAGAAGAUAAAACCACUUUGACUAGUUUAGAAUAUUGGUUUAAGGUAGUAGAUUUAGAUGAUAAUGGAAUAAUUACAGGCUUUGAAAUGAAUUGGUUUUUCGAAGAAUAAAGAUAAAGAUUGGAGUAUUUGAAUCACGAAAAUGUCUUAUUUGAAGAUAUUGUAUGCUAGAUGGUAGAUUUGCUUAAACCUGAAGAUGACAUUAAAUUUUAUUUCAAACAUUUUAAGGCUAAAUAAAAUGUUUGUGGAAUAUUUUUUAAUUUCAUGACUAACUUAAAUAAAUUAGUGCAAUAUGAGCAAAGAGAUCCUUUCUAAUUAAAACACGAAUUAAAUGAACACCCAGAUUACACAGAAUGGGAUAGAUUUGCAUAAAAUGAAUAUUAACGCUUAGCUAUGGAAGAAGAGAAUCAAGAAAAUGGAGAAGUAUUUAACGAUGGCAUCGAUCCAUGGGAUUAGGAUGGAGGUGAAAAUCAGCCAUUUUCACCAAUGUGA